CGGCAUCACUAGCUUAGCUGUCAAACUUUGCAACCUUAACCAAUAAAUAUAAAAAAUUUUUACCAAAUAAAUUUCAAAAUGCAAAAAUUAUCGAAAAAUUUGAUAUGUUUCACAUUGAUACUAAUAUUGUGCUUAAAAACCAAUGCACAAACUGACCACGAUAGCUACAUGAAAAGAGAACACUCUCUAGUCAAGCCAUACCAAGGUGCGGGUAUUCAGAUACCGUUUUGGGAUUUUUAUGGGAGCACAAUGGUAUCAACGAACUACGUAAGGUUAACGGCAGAUCUACAGUCGAAAAGUGGAAGUUUGUGGAAUCAAGUGCAAUGCAUGGUUCAGAACUGGGAACUUAUCGUUCAAUUCAAAGUGCAUGGCAAAGGAAAGGAGUUGUUUGGAGACGGAUUAGCUUUAUGGUAUGCCAAGGACAGAAUGGUACCGGGACCAGUUUUUGGUAGCAAAGAUUAUUUUAGUGGAUUAGCCAUUAUCUUAGACACAUACAGCAACCACAAUGGACCACAUAAUCAUCAACAUCCCUACAUAAGUGCCAUGGUAAAUAAUGGUUCAUUGACUUAUGACCACGAUCGAGACGGCACCCACACACAACUGGCUGGUUGUGAAGCGAAAUUUCGAAAUAAUGACUAUGAUACGUUAUUGAGCAUACGAUAUGAAGAUGACGUGUUGACCGUAUCGACUGAUAUCGAAAACAAGAACGAAUGGAAACAAUGCUUUCGCGUCGAAGGUGUUAAACUACCGACCGGCUAUUAUUUCGGAGCAUCGGCAACUACCGGUGAUCUUUCCGAUAACCAUGACAUCUAUGCCUUCCGAUUCUAUGAAACAACGCCAACAAAUCAACAAAAUUCCUUGAACCGCAUGAAUAUCGUACCAGAAGCGUUACUAUUUGAAGCACCCAGACCGAGAGCGGAUGACCCUAAACCGGGAAUGUCAAACAUCAAGAUUUUCUUUAUCUUGCUAUUGGGAAUGAUAGUGGCUGUUGUAGCAACGAUAUUCGGAAUCAUGUACUACCAACAACGUAAGGAAAAUUCCCGAAAAUUGUGGUAAAACAUCAACUCAAUAAAUAAAAUUUGAG